AUGCCACCCAUUGUAUACGAAGACGGACCGGUAGGUUUCAGACAGAAAAUACUUUUGUCCGUGAUUUCGAAUCGACCUAUACGUAUUAAAAACAUUCGAAGCAAGAGUAAGAAUCCAGGUGUCACAUCUGCUGAGGUGGAUUAUCUAAAACUCAUUAAUGAGCUAAGCAACGGUGCAAUUGUGAAAGUGAACGAUACUGGUUGUAACGUUUUCUUUUCCCCUGGAACCCUCAUCGGUGGAGAAGUUGAGUUUACCUGUUCUGCAGAGCGUGGUUUAGGGUAUUACCUCGAGCCCGUUGUUCUGCUUUGUUCCUUCACAAAAGUCCCAUUGAUUCUAACUCUAAACGGCGUGACUAACAACCGCAUUGAUCCAUCAGUCGACGUCAUUAUGCAGAGCUGGUUGCCUUUUCUAAAGAAGUUUCUUCCACCGGCCUCUGCAUCUGGCUUGAAAAUGGAAAUUAAAAAGAGAGGUGUUCCACCGAAGGGCGGAGGGAAAAUCAUUUUUACUUCUAAGCCUGCCAAUUUCCUGUCCCCUAUUCAACUUUUUACCCCUGGAAAAGUCUAUAGAAUCCGUGGUGUUUCAUGGACUUGUCGUGUUAGUCCAGGUAUUGCGUCACAGUUAAUGCACGGUGCUAAGCAGCUUCUUAACUCGUUUCUCAGCGAUGUGUACAUAAAUCUUGACCAAAGACGGCGAGAAGUGGCUGGUGGAAGCUCAGGCUUCGGUAUGGUGCUGUGGGCGGAGACAAAAGAGGGAGUUUUCUACACCGCGGAGGUAUGCAGUGCUGCCGAGAGUGAUGCUGCCGCCCCCGCCCCUAUUGUUCCGUCGGAACUCGGUUUUGAAGCUGCGUCUCGCCUGCUGGAUCAGAUCUACCUGGGUGGGUGUGUGGACGAGUCAUUGCAGUCGACAGCACUGUCGCUGAUGGCCUUCGAAGGGGGUCGAAACGCCAGUCAACUUCUCAUCUCCGAUCCUACACCCCACACCGUCCAGACCCUUCGUCUCCUGCGUAAAGUCAUAGGAGUAACGUUUGAUCUGACCUAUGCCGAUAGGAUGAAAUUGAAUGAGGAGGAGGAGGAGGAGGAGGAGGAGGAGAAAGAGAAAGAGAAGAAAGAAAUAGGAUUGGAAGAGGAGAACACUAGUCGAAUGGACGAUAGUGAAGAGGCGAAGGAGGAGGCAUCCUUGGAGCGUCCUGUUCCCCUCGUGGCAACGUGUUUUGGCUCGGGUCUGAGGAACAUCAAUCUGUCUAUCAGAGCUAUCAAUUUCGACGAGGUGUCGUAA